AUGAUCACAAAUUUACAAUUGGAAGAAAUCAUUAUUGAACCCUUUGGACCUAUAUUCCACGGUCCCGGUGCUGAUAAAAUGGAGGAAGUAUUUACUUUGCGCAAACCAACAAUGGCUCAGCUUGAUGCAAUUGAACGGGCUAAGAAAUAUGCAAUGGAACAAAAUAUUAAAACUGUUUUACUUAAACAGUCUCAACAGAAUGAAAGUUUGCAAAUAAACACUGCUCGAAGGAAUCAGACACUAGCUUUGCUUAAUCGGAUUUAUAUUGGUUCCAUUGCCUAUGAUGUAAAGGAGGAUGCUAUUAAACAGGCUUUUGUUCCUUUUGGUCCUGUGAAGAAUGUAAGUAUGAGCUGGGAUCCUACUACUUUGAAGCACAAAGGUUUCGCCUUCGUUGAAUUCGAGUACCCUGAAUCAGCCCUAUUGGCCAUUGAACAAAUGAAUGGAACAAACUUUGCCGGACGUCUUCUCAAAGUGGGUCGACCUAGUAAUCUCCCUGAUGCGACACCAUUUAUGAAUGAGUUAAUUGAAGAGUUUAAACUGCAAAAGCGUAUUUAUGUCGGCGGUGUACAUUCAGAGCUCACAGAUUCAGAUAUUGAAUGUGUUUUUCGGGCUUUUGGCAAUAUAACUAUGUGUCGACUUAUUCCUGACCCCCAGCAACCCGGGUCAUCUCAUCGAGGGUUCGGAUAUGUGGAGUUCGAUAAUGAGGAAUCGGCUAUUGCUGCAGUGGUUAGUAUGAAUCGGUUUGAUCUUGGUGGGCAGUUAUUACGGGUUACCAAGGCCAUAUCGCCUCCAGAUGGUAUUAACACAAAUCCCCUUGUCAGUCAACUUCCUGCUGCUACUGCUGUUGCUGCAGCUUCUGUUGCUGCUCGACUCCUUUCUAUGGAGUUGGAUCAGAUUCCAGAAACUCAUUCAGUAAAAGAAUUGGAUCCACCUGCCUCUCGCCACCGAUCACGAACUCGAUCUCAUUCACGAGUACGAUCAUCUAGGCGUCAAAGGCAUUCCCGAAGACAUCAUUCAAGACGACGAAGGCGUUCUUCCUCUUCAGUACCUCGUCGGCGAAAGUCAAUCACUUUAUCCUCAUCGUCUACUUCUCGUUCAUCAAAGAAAUCGACAUCUUCAAGACGUCGACGACGACAUUCUCGAUACCGUAGAAAAGACUCUCGAUCGCCUUCAAGACAAAGAGAAGAACGCAAAAAAAAAUACAGACACAAAAGGUCGUUACGCUCGGCUUCUUCAUCAGGAACAGAUGGAGUUGUGGAUGGGAGAAAGUCCGGGAAUGGGCCAGAAAAAGAGGAAUCAGACACUGAAAAUCCCACAACUAAUACUUAUAACAACUGGUGUACUGUCUCCAUAGAGGAAGAACAGACUGCGACUGCUUGUGCCAUUCGGUCGAAUGAUAGUCGUCUCUACAACAUUCCAUCGCCAUCCUCCAUCCCACUUCCUCCUACAGACUCUUAA